GGUGCCCCUUCCCCGGGCGGGGACAGAUCCGAUUCCCCUUCCCCGGGCUCUCCGUGCCCCUGCCCCGGGCUGGGGCGGUGCCGCGGCGGGGGCGGGCCCGGGGCCGGCCCCGCUCGGCGCAGGUUGAGAAGCGCGUGGGCUCCAGAAGCGCCGGGAGCGGAGCGGGCCGAGCCGAGCCGAGCCGAGGCAGCAUGGCCCAGCCGCGCUGCCGCUCCGUGCUCAUCACCGGCUGCAGCCGCGGCAUCGGGCUGGGGCUGGUGCGGGGGCUCGCAGCCGCCAGCCCCUCCCCGGAUUUGGUCUUUGCGACCUGCAGGUACCCCGAGAAGGCGCAGGAACUGCAGCAGCUUAGCAAGCAAUACAGCAACAUCAAGCUCCUGCAGCUGGACGUGGUCUGUGAGAACAGCAUCAAGAAAGUGGUGAAGGAAGUGGAAGAAAUUGUGGGAGACAAAGGGCUGAACUGCCUCAUCAACAACGCUGGCAUCAACGUGCUCGCCUCGCUGGAGGAGGUCACGGCAGAGACCAUGCUCACCAUCUAUGAAACCAACACCGUGGCCCAGCUGAUGGUCACCAAGGCGUUCCUCCCGCUGCUGAGGAAGGCAGCGCGGCUGGGCACGGGGAUGGGCUGUCACAGAGCUGCCAUCAUCAACAUGUCCUCUCUGGCUGCCUCCAUGCAGCUCGUCCAGGCCAAUGAGAUGUUCCUCAAGGUCUAUCCCUACAGGAUAGCAAAGACUGCUCUGAACAUGAUCACCCGGUGCCUCGCUGCAGACCUGAAAUCAGACGGAAUCCUCUGCAUCUCCUUGCACCCAGGCUGGCUUCAGACAGACAUGGGUGGGAACAUGGCUCCCAUGCAGGUGCAGGAGGCCAUCCCAGGUAUUCUCUCUGUUCUGGACCGUCUCGGUGAAAAAGAAAAUGGUUCUUUCCUGGACUGGCAAGGGGAAACUCUGCCGUGGUAGAAGUGCACAGAACUCCACAGGAACAGCUCCUCAGUCACAAUUUAACCUUGCCACUCCUGUCUGUGUCUCUAGGGGUUUUUACACGCUUGUUGAAAUAGCCAGUCUGACACUCAGCCUCUCUCUAGGUGUGUUUGGAAAGAAGAGGGGCUGAGUCUUUCACUUGGUAUUGCUACUGCUCUGCUCUAACUGCAAACACUGCUGUGCUCCCGGUGGUGGGCAUCUCCUGGAAUGGGCAUCCCUCUGAAAUGGAUUCAAACCUGCAGGUUAAAUCCGGGGGCUGCUGCUUCCUUUCCACUUCCAAGGCCAAAGUGGGCUUCUGGCUCUUUGCAGGAUGAAAUGACCUGACCUCAGGGUAAGGCCAGUGAGGCUGUCACAUUCCAGACUGCUCAGUGACCUCCAGGAAAAAACUCCUUUGAUUUCCUUUGUUCCUAACUGAGCCAAGGCUGAAAUUGCCCAGCUCUAAACCAAGGGAAUUUGGUACUCCUGUGAAUUCUGUGGCAAACUCUGAGUGUCCCCAGGUUGCCAGUGUACACCAGGCACUUGCUUUGUUCCCAGUGGGUGACUAACAGCCUGAUACGGGGGUGGGAAUGUUGUUUUGUACAUAAACUUCUAAAAUGUCUUCAAUAAAGUCUUGAUUAAACAAACA